AUGGCCGAACAAAUGGGCACCCCUAAUUCCAGUGCUGACCUUUCAGUCAACGGAGGCAGAGGUGGCGCACCGAAAGACAAGAAUUGCCCUUUCUGCCAUCAAGCAUUUACAUCGUCUUCACUGGGUCGGCAUCUCGAUCUCUACAUAAAGGAGAAGAAUCCAAAGGUCGCAGAUGGUGUACACAGCGUAGAUGAGAUCAAGAAGCUUCGCGGAAGCAUUACAAGGCGGCAGCCACGUAAUUCUACAUCGAGGAGGGAAGACUCGACACCUGCAGGUACACCUGGAGGAUCGGAAAGGAGAAGUCCUAAUAAUGAUUCGGAUAUGGCAGGGAGUGAUUCUCCAAGCUUAAGGAGAGAUGAUGGGGCGGCUAUAAAUAUGAUGUGUAUGUCAAGGGGGAUCCCAGGCCAAAUCCCUGGUAACCGGAGGCCUAAUUUUGUUGUAAAUGGCGGUACGUGGGAGUCAACAGGUGUCAUGAAUCACAUACCUCAAACACGAAACGGUGAAACCGCUCGAAGUUGGGAUGGGGAUCAAUCCAGAGAUGGAGCUAGAAGAUUAGAUGGCAGAAAUAGAUCUGUUGGCAAACAAAUGCUUGCGAAAACGACUUUUGAGCAGAAACAAAAGAUGAUGGAAGCUUUGGAUAAUGCAAAAGCAGCAGAAUUAGCUGUAAGGGAACUUUUAGGGGGUUUUCGAGCUGCCAAGCAACGAAUAGAAGGUCCCAAUGUUUUUGAUUACGAUCCUUUUAGCUUAGAUUUCCCUGCUCUUACCCUCCACUGCCUACCACCGCCACCGACCCUCUACGCGUCCACUCCUAUCCCGAAUUCUACAUCGUGGUCUAUCUUGCCACCAGAUGAAUUACAAUAUCAAGCAUUACGGAAACACUUUUCCUCGGAGUUUCACCGCUACCGCAUCUCCCUCUCCAUCGCUACGACAGCCCCACAUGACGAUCUAUCAUAUCCUCCACAAGAAACUUUCCAUAGUCUCGAGAACAUUGCUGCACUACACGUGCAAGCGGAAGCAGAUGCCCAAAGUAUGGAGGCUAGGAUUUCCGAGCACUUACGUUCAAUGUUUGGACACUGGAACUCGUUACCUCCAAACAAAAGGACUGAACUUUGGACUCUCGAAUUAGCUCGUAAUAUUGGCCGGAAGUCUGAGGAAUUAUCCAAGUUGAAGAAGGAGAAGGAGCUUUUACAACAGGAGACCGCUCACUCAAAGUUACAAGUUGAAGAAUUAAGUCGGUUACAACAACCUAGAGAGUUCAGGAUACAACCACCUUCACCGUUACCCGUUGAUUCGCGCCUUAUGACCGAAAUGGGGAAAAUGGGAGCAACAUAUAAAGGUGUUGGUUUCCAACUCAUGGAUCGAAGCGUACAUCUCGAUACGGCAGUGGAACGAGCAAUUGGCCGUUGGAAAAGUGUCGUUAAGCAAGCUCGAGGCGGAUCUGGGCAGCCUGGCAUGGUUGCACAAAAGCCACUUGACAGUAAUAAUAAUGAUGGAUUGCCUCGUUCGAACUCGCCACAACUUAACACGACGAUAACCAGUCAACCAUUACAAGAGGAUGCGCAAGAUCUUGGAAGCGAUCAAGAUGCAGAUGGGGAUGCAGACAUGGAGGAAGAUGAUACAUUCGUUGAUUUGGCGGAUGUUAAUGCCGGUGUUGGUCAACGAGCCCCCGAAGCAUCCAUGUCAAACACGACCAAUUUUCGUUUGGCAAAUGGAGGGAUUAAUAUGCAAGGUGUUGUUAAUGCUGGUGGUGGUGGUAAUUCACGAGGAAAUGGGAUGGAGGGGAUGGAGAACCAAAGCCACGUUCAGGGAUAUUUGAGAAUCGGAGCUUGA